AUCAAAGUCUUCUUCCACUAAAGAAGCAACAGAAGAAAAAAAUGUAUGUUUAUAUUAUUUUGGUAGAAUACAGAUUACUUGAGAAAAGUCUCCAUUAUGUACGUAGUCACAACAAGUCAAAAAGAAAACGUAUGAGUGAGUUUGGUUUUGUUUGGUCUCAUCUCUCCGAUUUCUGAAGAACACAUGUCGGGACCUCAGUGCUGCGAAAACCCGCCAACUCUUAACCCGGUUUCCGGGUCUGGUCAUGUUGAGAAGGUUGGUGGGCUUGAUGCUUACGUCUCCGGCUCUCCUGAUUCCAAACUCUGCAUCCUCCUCAUUUCUGAAGUUUUUGGGUAUGAAGCUCCAAAAUUGAGAGCACUUGCGGACAAGGUUGCAGCUUCAGGAUUCUAUGUUGUGGUUCCUGAUUACUUCUAUGGAGAUCCUUAUAAUCCCGCUGAUCAGGAUAGACCCGUCCUUGUCUGGAUCAAAGACCAUGGCUGUGAUAAGGGCUUUGAAGACACCAUACCAGUACUUGAAGCCAUAAAGAACAAAGGCAUAACAGCCAUUGGAGCUGCAGGGAUGUGUUGGGGAGCAAAAGUAGUGGUGGAACUGUCUAAAAUGGAGCUUAUUCAAGCAGCUGUUUUGCUUCAUCCUACUUUUGUCACAGUUGAUGAUAUCAAGGGUGGGAAGGCUCCAAUAGCUAUAUUAGGAGCUGAACUUGAUCAUUGGACCUCACCAGCACUCGUGAAACAAUUUGAAGAGACUUUAGCCUCCAAACCCGAGGUGCCUAGUUACGUGAAGAUACACCCGAAAGUGUCACACGGCUGGACAGUUAGGUACAACAUCGACGAACCAGAGGCGGUUAAAGCUGCAGAAGAAGCUCAUAAAGAAAUGCUUGAUUGGUUUGUGACUUACCUCAAAUGAAUGAAUUGAGAAAAGAAAUGCUUUUGUACUGUUCAUAUGUAAGUAAACAAAGAUUGAGUAUUUUAAUGUUCGGUUCUCUCGGUUAUGAAGUUUAUAAUAAUUCAUUGGUUAGUUCUGGUUUAA